GUCAGCAGUGCCACAUAAGCAGUGCCAUGUCAGCAGUGCCAUGUCAGCAGUGACCCGCCACCAUGACGGGCUCACUUCUGGGCAUGACAGGCCAACUGGCAAAUGAAUCCAUUGCCGAAUACCAACAGCGGUUUGAAACUCAGCUCGCACUAAUCGCGGCUGAGGAGCAACGCCAGCUGGCAGCCAAGGCUGCCCAGCUACAGGGUGACGAAGCGUCCGCAGCAGAGAAGCUCCGGCUACAGGCCGAAGCAGACGCAGAAGUCCAGGCUCGCCGCAAGGAAGCCCAGGAUCUGCUGCAGCGGCAUGAAGCCAGCAGCAUCGACAGACUCAAGUUCUGGCACUUUGAACCGAACGGCGACGAUCCAACACCGGAAGAGAAGCAUAAGGAGUUUCUCUCCAAACUCGUGACACGGCUGUUGUACACUUGCAACUACCAACGGUCCGAGUUGGAGAACCAGUACCAGGACCUGACGCAACAGCAUCAGGAGUUGGCAAAGCUCCGCCGCACAGUGCAGAGCCACGAGGAUGCAACUCGGGCACUCAAUGCCCAAAUGCUGGACCUGGAACAGGCUGUACCAGGACCAGCUGUUGGGGCUUCCAGCAGUGCAUCCUCUAACCGCCAACUGGAGGAACGCAUUGACCACGUAGUGGCAAUGCUAGGAGACAUAAGUGCCUUCACAGAGCCGGCCACCAUCAGCCAGCGUUUCGAGUUGCUGGACUCCAAGUCAGCAACAGCAGACCGACCACAGCCACAACAACAGCUCGGCGAGGCCAUACAAGAUGCCGACGUUUCAGACCUGUACAAGAAGGUCUCCUGGGAACAUAUGACAAAGGAAUGGAAGAAGCGGUUCAUCGUCGACGACGCCCCGGCACUCGCCGUCAACCGCAUCUUCACAAUGACUCAAGGGAGCACAUCGACACGGGACUGGCUCACGGAAUGGCAGAAGAUCGCGGCCGUGCCCGAUCUGGAAUUGGCAUUCACGCAUCUACGCCGUGAGUUCUACAACAGGUCAUGCGCUGCGUUGAGCCAGGCACUUGGUGAUCGCGAGCAGUACUCAACCUUCGCUGAGAUCAUUGGCAAGGCGAGGGAAAUCAUCAAGACCAACAGGGCAGCUGCACACGAGAAGUCAACGUGGCAGCCGACCUAUGUGGAGAAGGUACGCAUUGGUCCGCGACGGCAGCACUUCGCUGCAGUCCAAUCGGACAAUGGAGAUAACCGAGCAGCCACUCCAGCAUCAAGUGACGGAGAUCAGGUGGCUGUUGUCCAGCCGCGAAGCAACAACAAGUCCCGCAACAAUGGGAAGGCGAAAUCCGCAUCGCAGGCCGGAAAUGGACAGCCUGUACAAGUUCCAUGGGUCAAGUUCGGCUUGAUCGAGGCGGGGUACAAGGACUAUGUUGUCCACUUGGUUCCACCGCUGGACCAACCGCUCCGCGUGCAACAAUACAUCGCAUGCACGGUUUCAUUACCAUCGGCAACCGAUUCGGCAGCUUCGCCCCAAUCUAUCGCCAGGGACUCGACGUCAUGGUCAAGACUUGAAGAGCUCGAUCCGUUGAGGUUCACGAACUUCCAGUGGAUGCCCGUUCCCUCGACCGGACGAUUGCCGAAACCGCAUUACAACGUGCUUAUAGCACAAUUGCGGGAUUACUUGCACACUGCAGUACCCACUCCGUUGAUGGAUGCUGGAGUAGAGGUUGUCGACCUUCACGCCUACAUUGUGAAGAUCGACCGCGAGUUCAAGACGCAACCGUACGACGACAUCGACGCACCAUUGCUAUACGUACGCAUUCAGAUCGGAGAGGCGACCUGCAGCGCUUUGAUCGAUUGCGGAGCAUCUUGCAACUACAUCAGCCAGGACUUCAUGGUGCGCGCCGGCCUUGGCCCACGUGUCCGGAGGAAGUCCCAGCCUACGCAAGUCACGUUGGCAGACGGUCAUACGCACAAGUCCAUCGACCGGUACAUUGAUGCCGUCCCCGUGUACUUUGCCCCUCACGCAAGUGAGGCGGUGCCCUUUGAUAUUCUGGACACCAAAUUCGACAUGAUCUUGGGCAUGUCAUGGCUGCGAAGCGAGGAUCACCCAGUGAACUUCUUCCACCGCACCGUUCACAUUCGUGAUCGGAACGGAGUAUUAGUUCCAUGCACGGUACCUCUUCCUCAUCCUUCGAUCAGCUGCCACGUGGUAUCCGCCGCAAGCAUGCGAGCAUCCAUCAUCAGAGACGACAGCGAAAGAAGAACAAGGACCUGCGAUUGUGCAUCGAUUAUCGCAAGCGCGCCGGCCCUCUCCCACGCAUCGACGAUCUUCUCGAGCGACUGGGCGGCGCCAAGUUUUUCUCCAAGUUGGACCUUAAAACAGGAUAUCACCAACUCGAGAUUCGCAAGGAGGAUCGUUACAAAACCGCGUUUAAGACGAUAUGGGCAUUUCGAAUGGCUGGUCAUGAUAUUUGGCCUUAAGAAUGCCCCAGCCACUUUCCAAGCGGCUAUGACAACGGAGUUCCGACACAUGCUGGAUCGAUACGUACAUAUCUACCUCGACGACAUCCUGGUGUACAGUCGGAGUUUGGAAGAGCAUGUGGAACACUUGCGCACCGUUUUGGAGCGGCUACGACAAGCCAAGUACAAGGCCAACCGCGACAAGUGCGAAUUCGCACGACAGGAGCUGGAGUACUUGGGACAUUAUGUGACGCCGCAAGGUAUCCGUCCGCUUGCGGACAAGAUCGAGGCCCUACAAGUAUGGCCCGAGCCCACCAACACCACGGACGUUCGUUCAUUCAUGGGAUUGGCGGGCUACUAUCAGCGAUUCAUCAACGGAUACUCAAGGAUUGCUGCACCUAUGACGAGGUUGCAGUCGCCAAAGGCGCCAUUCGUGUUCGAUGACGACGCACGCCGGUCAUUCCAAGCACUUAAGACGGCCAUGCUCAUGGCACCCGUCCUCAGCAUCUACGACCCCACCCUGCCGACGAGAGUGACUCCGGACGCUCUGCAAGGAAGAAGGAGCUACUCGCGUUCGUCAUGGCUCUCAAGCGAUGGCGGCACUUCCUCCUUGGGCAUCGUAGGUUCACAUGGGUUACAAACAACAAUCCAUUGACCUACUACAAGACGCAGGAUACGGUGAGCAGCACGAUCGGACGAUGGAUGUACAUCAUCGACCAGUUUGACUUCACACCGAAACAUCUUCCCGGCCUCUCAAAUCGCGCAGCAGAUGCACCGGUCCGUUUCCUCGCCACCGGCUCGGGCACGGCGACAUCCUCACGGUUGUGGACCGAUAGAGUAAGUACGCGCGUUUUCUCCCUUGCAAGUACUACUCCACGGCUCCACAGCUGGCACGCCUCCUGCACACUGGUUGGAUUUGUGGCCACGGUGUACUAGAAGACAUAGUCAGCGACCGCGACACUCGUUUCAUGCAGGAGUCCGGCACAACAAUGAAACCAAGUUCGGCUC